CCCGGGUCGUUGAUAAAAGUGAGAUUUCUUACAAGAGAAUCUCUUAUGAACGAGAUGAUGACUGCACAUGUUCAACUUCUUGCUGUCCCUGGCUGUCAACGGUUAAGCCCUCUGGCCAUCACAACAAGUCUGUUCUGCUCGUCAGAGCUGAUAGUUUCUGGGAGAAGCAAGCAUACGACGUCGACCUCGCAAAACGCUGGCAAUGCCUCAUUGCCGCUUUCCGGCAUAAGGGUCCUUGACUUGACCCGAGUGUUAGCCGGUCCUUAUUGCACGAUGAUCUUGGGCGACUAUGGCGCAGAUAUCGUCAAGAUCGAAGCUCCCGGAAUCGGAGACGAUACACGGCGGUGGGGCCCAAACUUGGCCAAGAAGCCGUCAACCACGAACGCGGAGCCGUCAACCACGCAGGAUGAGGGGCCUGAAACUGCAUACUUCCUGGGCACAAAUCGGAAUAAGCGCUCGAUGACUGUGAAUUUGAAGAGUCGAAGAGGGGUGGACAUCAUCAAGACUUUGGCUUCGCAGUCUGAUGUUCUCAUCGAGAAUUUCGUGCCGGGAAAGCUGGAUGAAUUAGGACUGGGAUACGAGGAAAUACAGAGGAUCAACCCGAAAAUUAUUUACACAUCGAUCACAGGGUAUGGCCCGGAUGGACCUUAUGCGCAUCGGCCGGGCUAUGAUGUCAUUAUAGAAGCUGAGGCGGGGAUGAUGCAUAUCACGGGCGAGGCGGAACGACCACCCGUGAAGGUCGGCGUGGCUAUAACGGACAUGACCACCGGGCUUUACGCGCACGGUGCAAUCAUGGCCGCACUCAUUGCUCGGUCGCGAACAGAUAGAGGGCAGAAGCUGGAUUUGUCGUUGCUGGAGUGUCAAGUUGCCUCGUUGGCGAAUAUUGGCCAUAACUAUCUCAUUGGAGGAGAAGAAGCAACUCGUUGGGGCACACAACAUCCUUCGAUUGUUCCAUAUCAAGUGUUCCCGACGAAAGACGGCCACUUCGUUCUCGGUGCAGGCAACGACAAGCAAUGGCGCAAAGUGCGCGCCAAGCUGAACCGCGAUGACAUCCUCGAGAGCCCAAAAUUCCAAACAAAUCUCGACAGGGUCCAAAAUCGAAAAGAGCUGGUUGAGCUCCUAUCCAAUAUCUUCAAAGAGCAGACAACCGCUCAUUGGUUGAGGGCAUUUGAGAACGUUGGGAUUCCGUUUGGGCCAGUGAACAAUAUCGCGAAAACUUUCAACCAUCCGCAGGUCAUACAUCGGAAGAUGGUAGAAAAGGUCCAUCAUCCGCGCGUAGGGGACAUCAAGCUUAUUGGGAUUCCAGCAAAGUUCUCGGAGACGCCCGGUGCUAUUAGACGGCCGCCUCCUACACUGGGGCAGCAUACGGAGGAGAUUAUGGCCGAGUUGGGAUAUUCGGAGGAUGACAUACGGCAGUUCCGCCACGAUGGGGAUAUCUGACGGCAGACCCGUAAUGAGCGUCAUCGGCGUAAUUUGGAAACACAUCCUGCAAGAUAGAUCUGUAUGCUUCGUUGUCUCGUUCUGACACUAUGCCUUUGCAAUGACAGAAUACAUCCAACGAUUAUUUUUCGGACAUUUCUCCUUGAGUAUGAUUCAAUUCCAGGCGCCGACGUUCUGAAAACUGGCGUUCUUCUUUAGAAUGUAGCUGAGGAAGGAGCGAUGUUCCGAACGCGUGGGGGAAUAUUUCGACAGCAGCACUGUCAAAAAGACGGACUUUUAUACGCUUAUCAUGAC